GCAGUGCUGUCUCAUUUUCUCUCUGUCUCACGCCCUCUCUCUCUCUCUCUGUCUCUCUCUGUGAAGGAAGGGGAGGGAUCUGCCUGCUUUCAAUCAAUAACUUGUGGAAUUCGGCAAUACAAGCAGGUGUUUGGACCCAUUUUGCUUUCACUUGUCUGUACAUGGGUGAGGUAAACAUGGCUGAACCCAUGUCCCCGGAUUACUUCAGCUGCCACCUUUGUACGAGUCUCCUGAGAGACCCGGUGGCUAUACCCUGUGGGCACAGCUUUUGCAUGGACUGUAUCAGUGGCUACUGGAAUGAAGCAGACUACACUGGGAUCUACAUCUGCCCCCAGUGCAGGAUCACUUUUACCCAAAGACCAGUGCUCAGGCCGAACGCGACACUCAGCAAGGUCGCUGAGAAGAUUAAGAAGACUGGCCUGAACCUUAACCUGGUGCCUCCGAGCAAUGGGAGCUAUGCCGGCCCCUCGGACGUCCCGUGUGACUUCUGCUUGGGCAAAAAGUUAAAGGCGGUGAAGUCGUGCCUGAACUGCCUGGCUUCGUACUGCGAGAAGCACCUGAAGCCGCACUAUGAAUCGGCCACAUUCAAGAGGCACAAGCUGGUAGACGAACUAGGGAACUUGGAUAGAAAGAUCUGCCCACAGCACCAGAAGAGUCUGGAGCUGUUCUGCCGCACCGACCAGAUGUGUAUCUGUGCCAUCUGUACUGUCAGCGAACACAGGGGUCAUGAUAUUGUCUCGGCUGAGGCAGAAAGAGGUGAAAAACAGAAACUUCUUGGAGUGUCCCAAGCUGAGAUUAAACAAAAAUGCCAGAUGAGGACCAAAGAACUGGAGGAACUCAAGACGGCCGUCGAUUCAUUAAAGAGCUCGGCUCAAAGGGCCAUGGUUGAGAGCAAAAAGAUGUUCGACGAGAUGAUCACUUCCAUUGAGAGAAUGAGGGCAGAAGUCACCAAGCUCAUAAACAUUAACGAGAAGGCUGCGUUCAGCCAGGCCGAAGGGCUGAUGGAGCGCCUUGAACAGGAGAUUGAGGAGCUCAAGAAGAAAGAGACGGGACUGAAGCAACUUUACAGCACUGAGGACCACAUCCAUUUCUUACAGAAUUUCAACUAUCUCUGCACCCCGACUGAUGAUGGCUUCAUUCCCAAAGUAUCUCUGAACCCGGAUUUUUCAUUCAGUGCCGCCAGGAAAGCUGUAGCUGAAAUCAAAGAGAGACUCGAAGAACUGGGCAGAGAGGAACUCGUGAAGAUCUCAAAAUCAGUGAACGAAGUGCCUGUUUACACCCUGGAGAAUCGUUCUGUCCGGGAGAAAAGCAGCCGAGUCAAAGAUGUUCUUGCAGUAGACAGCGCUCCUCCUUCACAACCCAGAAGCAGGUCAGAAUUCCUGAAAUAUUUCUGUCAGCUCCGACUCGACCCCAACUCGGCCUACAAAGAGCUCUACUUAUCCGAAGGUAACCGGAAGGUAACUCGAACCCGCAAUCCACAGGCCUACUCUGACAGCCCUGAGCGUUUCGAUAGCUUCGCCCAGGUCCUGUGUCGCGAGGCUCUGUCUGGUGGCCGCUUCUACUGGGAGAUCGAAUGGAACGGAGAAUUCUCUGUCGGAGUGGCCUACCGAGGCAUAAGCCGCAAGGGCAAGGGUUCCCUCUGUCUGCUGGGGUACAACGAUAAAUCCUGGAGUCUCCUGUGUUCUGAUUCGGGCUAUUCCGCCUGGCAUGACCGGGUGGACAAAACCAUUAACGCGCCUCACUCUCCGAGAAUAGGGGUGUACCUAGACCACAGCGCAGGGCUGCUGUCCUUCUACAGCAUCGGUGAGACCAUGACCUGCCUUCAUCGCUUUGAGACCACCUUCGACGAGCCUCUGUAUGCCGGGUUUGGAGUUGGAACUUCGGUUAAGAUCUGCCAACUGAAAUGAACACUUUAAAGAUUUAAGGAGAUUUGUUUUCUCUUAAAAAAAAUUUUUUUUUUUUUAAUCCAGCAUGAAGGAGAGAAUAUUUUUAGUUUUUCACUAUUUGAGACUUUUAUACACAGUAUCUUAUGUUUUAUGUCAUUUUUAGUUAUCAAUAAAGCCAUUGCGGUUGCUUUGCGAAUAAAUAAUUACUUAAAAUUCACAGUCACAAAUACCAGUAGUGAACAAAAACACUAGUCUGACACCCCAUGUACCUUUUUGUUGUAAAUAUUGUUUUAAAUACUAAACCUUGUAUUUCUUCAGCCACCAAGUAUCAUUGUCAUUUUUGUCAUAAGAAGCUAUGAUUCAUCAACAAUGAUAUUUCAAUUAAAGUUUUUACUAACUUUUAAAA